AUGACGAGCUCGGCACCCAAGGCCGAUCUGGCCACCGAGAUCCUGCAGAGGCUCUCUAUCCAGGAGCCCCUCCUUUCCGCAGAGGCCUUCCCCGCCAUCGCUUACCAGGAUGUCAAAGCCGCCCUUGACCGACUGGCGUCGCGGUCCAUGAUUACAUACGUGACGAUCGAGAGAGAGGAACCCGUACUCGAGGCCGAGGCCGAGCAGAUAGCGGCCCAUGGCAGUCACGAGGCCCGCGUCUUUGAGGCCGUCAGCAAAGCCGUAGAGGGGUUGACGAUCCAGGAGCUCGAGCAGGCCAUUGGCGACAAGGCUGUCACCAAGGUUGGCCAGGGCAAGGCCUUCAAGGAGAAGUGGAUCGCCAAGGGCAAGGACGGAAAGCUGGUUGCUACUACCGACUCCAUCACAGACACGACACGCUCCACGCUCGUCAAGAUCAAGGAGACCAAGACGGCCGAGGCCAAGGUGCUGGCGGACCUGAAGAAGCGCAAGCUGGUCAAGGUGCAGAAGGUGGUCAGCUUCAAGGCGGCCAAGGGUCCCAAGUUCGCACUCGAGGUGCAGAAGGAGGAGACGGACCUGACGGCCGACAUGCUGAGUUCCGGGGCAUGGAAGACGGCCAGCUUCAAGCCCUACAACUUCAAGGCGCUGGGGUCUGACCAGAACGCCGGUACGCUGCACCCGCUCAACAAGGUGCGGCACGAGUUCCGGCAGAUCUUCUUCGAGAUGGGCUUCGAGGAGAUGCCGACAAACAAGUUUGUGGAGACGGGGUUCUGGAACUUUGACGCCCUCUUCGUGCCCCAGCAGCACCCGGCGCGCGACCUGCAGGACACGUUCUACAUCUCGGACCCCAAGGUCGGCGGCAAGCCGCAGGCCAUCGGCUCGGGCCAGGACGCGGAGGAGUACUGGAACAACAUCAAGGAGGUGCACCAGGAGGGCAAGUACGGCUCCACCGGCUACAAGUACCCGUGGGCGGCGGACGAGGCGCUGAAGCUGGUGCUGCGGACGCACACGACGUCCAUCUCGACAGCCAUGCUGUACAGGCUGGCGUCGCAAAAGGGACCGGACGGGCGGCCACCGCCGGCGCGCUACUUCUCGAUCGACCGGGUGUUCCGAAACGAGACGGUGGACGCGACGCACCUGGCCGAGUUCCACCAGGUCGAGGGCGUGAUUGCCGACUACGACCUGACGCUGGGCGGACUGAUGGAGUUUAUGGAGGUCUUCUUCAAGAAGAUGGGCAUCACGGACCUCAAGUUCAAGCCGGCCUACAACCCGUACACGGAGCCGAGCAUGGAGAUCUUCAGCUACCACAAGGGUCUCAACAAGCUGGUGGAGAUUGGCAACAGCGGCAUGUUCCGACCGGAGAUGCUAGAGCCGAUGGGCCUGCCCAAGGACAUGCGAGUCUUUGGCUGGGGUCUCAGUCUGGAGCGUCCGACCAUGAUCAAGUACGGCAUCGCCAACAUCCGCGAGCUGCUGGGUCACAAGGUUGAUCUCAACUUUAUCGAGAGGAAUUCGGCCGUUCGUCUGGAAAAGGAUUAG